GCUGAGCCAGAGCGUAGCCCGGAGAAAGAGAGGGACAGCCCGAUCCCCACCCUGGAGCAGCCGCCCCGGUUCCCAGCGUGAGUCCCCAGCCCAGGAGCCGCGGGAGAAGCCCCUCUUUCCAGACAGCAGCAUUGCCGGCUCCAGGAGGUCGCUCUGGUUUUACGAGACAGUUUGUGCUUCUGGGCCCUCGGACCUGAUUCCCCACCCGGCUCACGUGGUGUCAAAAACGAGACACUGAGGUAGGAAGCCAGAGGCUGGAUGCUUCCUGCCAGGGGCAUGAAUGAGACAGAAAGGCCUGGGGUCUGGGCUCAUCCCCUGCUGGGAUAAGGACACCCCCGGGGAGCAGCCAUGGCUGCAGGGCCGGGAGCAGAGGGGGCCCUGGACCUGCAGUUUCAGAUCCAGGUGGAGCAGUCGGUGUGCCCCGCUGGGCUGACGGAGCAGCAGGUCUCAGCUGGGCCCGAGCCAGAUGCGGGAUUGGAGCGGUCGGGCGGGCUGCCUAUUGUGGUGCAGUCCGGCACCAUUGGGGAGCUGCUGAGAUGGGUGGCGCCGCAGCAGGCCCAGUAUGCGUCGCAGAAGGAGAUGCUGCAGCACUGGGAGGACGUCUGGCAGGAGGUGCUGCAGGCCCUGCGCAUCCUCCCGGAGGUGGGGCCGGCUCCGGCCUGCGCCCUCAGGCCUGGAGAACCAGAGCUGUCGCCUCCUCCCGGAGUUGUGCCAGCACCGACUUGUGCACGUAGGUGUGAAAACCCCACCUCCCAGGGGGGCAGUGAGUCACCCAGGGGUCUGGAGCAGGCGGGGAUCGAGCUGCCGGAGGAGACGGCACCGUGUCGAGAGGAGCAGCGGUCAGCCACGCAGACCCCUGCCGAGGUUAAGCCAACUCCAGCACCUGCGUGGAGAACCCUGGAGCUGCCACAGCUGGCCCCAGAGGACGAUAUCGAGGCCUAUCUGGCCACCUUUGAGCAGGUGGCUGACGCCCGCCAGUGGCCGAGAGAGGAAUGGACAACCCGACUGGAGCUGUACCUCACCGGGAAAGCCCAGUUGGCUUAUGGCAGCCUAGACAUCACAGAGACAAGUGACUAUGGGAAGGUGAAGGCCACCAUCCUGCGUCGCUAUGGCAUCAGCCCGGAGACACAGCGCAGGCACUUCAGGGAAUUCUGCUACCAGGAGGCCGAGGGGCCCCAGGAGGCUUACAGCCGCCUCCGGGAGCUCUGCCAUCGCUGGCUGGAGCCGCAGAGCCGCACCAAGGAGCAGAUCCUGGAGCUGCUGAUCCUGGAGCAGUUCCUGACCAUCCUGCCGGAGGAAAUGCAGGGCUGGGUCUGGGAAUGUGGUCCUGAUACCGGCGCCCAAGCGGUGGCCCUGGCAGAGGGGUUCCAGGUGGGGCAGCCAGAGGCCGAAUGGCCGGGGCUACAGACACUGCGGAGCCGGCUGUGCCGCACCACGGGGAGGCGGAGGCACCUGUCAAAGCAGCUCCAACGCCCAAGGGAACAGCCGCUGGCCCCUCCUGUACGCAGGGAACAGCCGCCCCCUCCCCUGCCCAGAGAACAGCCUGUCUCCCCCCUGCGCAGGGAACAGCUGCCCCCUCCUGUACGAAGGGAACAGCCGCCCCCUACCGAGCUGCCUCACCUGCCGUCCCUGUCUAAGUCCUGCAGCAAGGAGCCAGCAGAACAAGAUUCCCCUCCCAGCAGGAGCCCGCCCCCCUCUGAGAAGUCCUACCAGUGCCCCUUGUGUAGUCAGAACUUCAGACAGAGCUCGGACCUGCAGCGGCACCGGCGCAUCCACACGGGCGAGAAGCCUUUCCACUGCCCGGUGUGCGAGAAGAGCUUCCGGCUGCAGUCCAACCUGAUCGUGCACCAGCGCACCCACACCGGGGAGCGGCCCUACCAGUGCGGGGAGUGCGGCCGCGCCUUCUCGCAGAGCUCCAACCUCCUGACCCACAGCAAGAUCCACCUGGGCCAGAAGCCCUACGCCUGCUUCGAGUGCGGCAAGAGCUUCCACCACAGCUCCAACCUCAUCAUCCACCAGCGCACCCACACCGGCGAGCGGCCCUACGAGUGCAGCGUCUGCGCCAAGCGCUUCAGCGACCGCUCCACCCUGGUGCAGCACCGGCGCCUCCACACAGGCGAGCGCCCCUACGCCUGCUCCGAGUGCGGCAAGUGCUUCAGCCAGGCCUCACACCUGGUCAAACACCGACGCACCCACGCAGGCCCCUGCACCAAGAAUAGCGCUGCCCCCAGAAAAGCACCAGUCACAGCGGUGGAGAGAAACAGCCCCAACAAUGGGGCAGCCAUUGGGGACAAGAGAGCUACCCCCACUCAUGGGCUGAGUGAGAGGACUGCCACGCCCCAAAAUGGAGCAGCUAUAGGGGAGGAAAGAGCAGCCCUGAAAGAUACACCCACUGUGGGGAAGGGUAGAGCCACCCAGGAAGUGGGUUCAGAGGGGGAGAAGGACAAAGCAACUCAGAAAGUUGCUUUGGCCACAAAGAAGAUUGCCGCCCCCAAACACACGCUGGCCAUGGGGAUGGAGAGGGUGGCAACGAAGGACCCGCUGGCCGCAGGGAAGGAAAGGGGGACCCCCACACCUGGGCUGGGUGAGUUGAGAGCUGCCCCCAUAAACAGGCUGGGCACAGGGGAGGACAGAGCCCCUCCAAAAGAUGUGCCAGCCAUGGGGGGAAAGAGAGCACUGACUCCAGGUGCACCAGCCGUGCAUGAGGAGAGAGAUGCCCUGAAAGAUGCACUGAGGGCCGGGAAGGACAAACCAGCCACAAACCACACAUCAGCUGUGGAGAAGGGGAGAACCGCCCCCAAACUCGCGCUGGCCAUGAGGCAGGGAAGAGCCGGCCCCAAACACACACUGGCCACGGAGAAGCGGGGAGCCAGCCCCAAACACACACUGGCCACGGGGAAAGGGAGAGCCGGCCCUGAACACGCAUUGGCCACGGGGAAGGAGAAAGCCAGCUGCAAACACGCACUGGCCACGGGGAAAGGGAGAGCCGGCUUGGGGCUUUUGCGGGAGGAGGGGCUGAUAAAGCCACGGGAGGCAGUUUUAGAAGCCCAGCGAAUGUAUCCUCCAGCGUCCAUUGCAACUCACAUGCUGCAUCCCAGGUGA